GGGUGGAGGCAGCCAGCACCCCAGAUUCAGUUCAGAUUCGUGGCCGAGGGGAAAACAAAGCCAUCAACUGCUCAGCCCAAGACCUGACAGACUGUGGUCUCUGUCUCCAGCUAACCCCACAGUCCUCUCCCUCCUCUGUCACCAUGCCACCUGUUCUCCCAUUCUCCCUUUCAUCACUCUCCUCCCUGUUUUAUUUCUCCCUUCUCUCUUUCUGUAUCUCUCCCUUUUUCCAAGAUAUGUUUUAUCUGUGUAUCCAACCUUUGCUGUUUCACUUUGACUUAUAACAUACUGUAUAUUACUCUGUGAUUGAUGUUGAAUAUAUGUUUAACUCUUUCACUGUUUUCUAAUCCCUUGUACAGAGGAAGGUAUAAUCUCUUAACUUGUCCGUGAGUCUGGAUGCUGUGUCAGCUCACAGAAUAGAUGAUAUGCUUUUCCCAAACCCCAUCCCCUUUAGACCGAUACACUUUUUACCUUCCUUGUUUUCCUACUUUCUUUUCAAAGACAUAAAUGUUUUCCUCUGAAAGUAUAUGAUGAACAUUAUAAUGGAAUUACUUUUAUAAAUGCAGGACCAGGGCCAGAUUACCGAACGGGCACACAGGGCACGUGCCCCUAGGCCCUCGACCUCCAGGGGGCCCCCAACCCAAUUUGUUUUUGUUAAAUUAAGGGGGGGGGGGGGCAGAUAGCAUACGACAGCAAAAUGUGUGGAAUUGCAGGAAAUUUGCUUCAAAACUGCAACAUUUUCUCUCAGCCUCAUGGCAAAAUGUAUAGACUAGCAGGAAAUUAGCUUGAAAAACUGCUAAACCUUCUCUCAGCCUCAUGGCAGAAUGUAUAGACUAGCAGGAAAUUAGCUUGAAAAAAUGCUAAACCUUCUCUCAGCCUCAUGGCAAAAUGUAUAGACUAGCAGGAAAUUAGCUUGAAAAACUGCUAAACCUUCUCUCAGCCUCAUGGCAAAAUGUAUAGACUAGCAGGAAAUUAGCUUGAAAAACUGCUAAACCUUCUCUCAGCCUCAUGGCAAAAUGGGAACAAAAGCAUGAGAUGAGCUAUAAAACAGCACAUUAUUUUCUCCGCCCCAUGGCAGAAAGUGUAGAAUUGCAGGAAAUUAGCGAAAAAAAUUGUCAGGUCAUCGCAUUAUUUGGUACUCAUGAUUGUUAUAACCUUUUUUUCCUCGAAUGUACGGGAUCAGAAUACGCCGCAUAAAUGUAUCUUGUUUUUCCAACAAGUAUUAUCAUGUCAUUGCUUCAUCAUGUUUUACUACAAAAAGUAAAAGAGUACUUAUUAUUGCCAGACGCAACUUCCAAUACACUGACUUAGGUGGAGGAUCCCUCAGGGAGGGUACAAUCAAUUUUAUUAAACUGACCUUUAUUAAGAAAAGUAGUACUAUUCUGUUGGUGUAUGCACCGAACACUUAUGAUAACUAAUUUCAUGACCAAUUCUGUACUCUGACACUAGAUUUAGCUGAUUUCUGACCAGUUAUUUGUGGCGAUUUUAAUGCAAAACACUACCAACUCACCCCCUCCGCAACAUUUUUGAGAACUGGCAUAAACCCAGGGGACUGUUUUCUGAUCUAUACUUGCAUUUCUUAAAAGCAUUUUAGAAGCCCCUGCCAAUCGACCUACAAUAGAAGAGACGUCUUACCUUCAAUCACUGAAAUGAACUGGUCUGUAAUUCUCUCUUCUAGAAAUUCUAAUUAUCAAAAUAUCCAUUUUAAUUUUGUCCGCAGAUCUUAUCUUACCCUGCGUAGACUAUUCCAAAUGAGUAUUCAUCCAACCCCGAAAUGCUCUCUAUGCCUUCAAGGUGCCCCCGGUACCUGUUGGUCGGUGCAACUGUCCUGUGGUGGGAAGUGUGGGUGGGCACAGUGGUCCUGUGGGAGAAGGUAAAGGUUUUCUCUCUGCACCAUGGAAAAAUGUGUUGAAAUGUAGGAAGUUAGCUGAUUUCAGAAAUGGGGGCCCCCGGAGGUCGGUGCCCCAGGGCCGUACCCCUAAUGUGGUAGUCCGGCCCUGUGGACCCCUAAUGUAUUUUCAAAUUAUUUUCUACAAAUAUUAGAGGUGUAUCUCUAUUGCCUGGAUUGACAUUUCUCUCAUUCACCUAUUAAACUAAGGUUGUUUCCAUAUCCUGUCUCUCUCCAAGAAAUAUCCUUCACUUUGCUCCACUGUGAUUGGCUCUGCUGCUCUGACUUAUCUUUCUUUCUAUCCCUGAAACUCCUCCCUCUUACUCCACUGUGAUUGGCUGUACUGCUCUUACCUGUCUCUUUCUCUGGCCGCAGUGAUCUAGACAGGGACUUUUGGAAUAACAAUGACAGCAGCAACGUGCAGCAGAGAUGGAGCUCCUAUCCGCCCAAGGAGUUCCUCUUAAACAUGUCCCCCUAUGCCCCGUACGGAGACCCUCGCCUCACGCCCAAUGGGGUGGAGAAGGGGGAUGGGGGCGGGGCUGGGUGUGGGAGCGGGGCAGGUCCCAGUCGCAGUGACAGCGUGAGAAGCAUAGUGACGGGGCUGGGCCCUGGCAGCAAGGCUGGGCGCUGGCAGACGGUCCAGAGCCACAUGCACGCCGGAGGCCUGAGGCCCAGAAAUUUUGGGGACCCCUCCCUCUCGGCCGCCUCUACUCUGGAGCACAUUCCAUCCUCAGCAGCAGCACGUCCUCGUCCCCUGGUGCGACAGCAGAGUCUCCAGCAGCCUCUCAGCCACCAGCCCCCUCCGGGCCCCAAUGACCCCCCAGCCACCUCCCAGAGCCUGGGCCAGCUGCACACAGGGCUCGGGGGCGGAGGGCACCGGGGAGGCCCGCGGGGGGUGCGGGGGAGUCCGGCGGGGACAGGUGCUUCCCGGUACAGAGGAGCAGGAGGAGGACGCUCCAGGUCCAAUCCAGGCAGCUGGGACCACAUGAUGGGACAGAUCCGCAACAGAGGACUGGAUGUCAAGUCUUUCCUCGAGGGGAAGAUGGUUGUUCUGUCUCUAGCGAUCGGGCUGGCUGAACAAGAUGACUUCGCCAACCUCCCAGAUCUACAGGAAGCACCAGCGUGCCAAGAAAACUCAACUCCACCGGACAAAUCAAGCAGGAGCCUGGGUAAACCUGGGAGCCAGACCCCAGAUGAGGCAGGCCGCCUCGGGAACUCCUCCGUCACAGACCUGGCCAACUCUGUCACCACCAGCGACAUUCACAUGCUCUCUCCGGGCUCAGAAGAGGAGACAGAAGGGCCUGUGGUUGAGAAGCUGGGCCGGAUUCAGUUCAGUGUGGGCUACAGCUUCCAGGACUCCACCCUGACCGUCAAGAUCCUCACGGGCCAGGAGCUCCCCGCCAAGGACUUCUCUGGCACCUCAGACCCCUUCGUCAAACUCUACCUGCUGCCUGACAAGAAGCACAAGCUGGAGACCAAGGUCAAGAGGAAGAACCUCAACCCUCGCUGGAACGAGACCUUCCUGUUUGAAGGGUUCCCCUAUGAGAAGGUGAUCCAGAGGACCCUCUAUAUGCAGGUGCUGGAUUACGAUCGUUUCAGCAGGAACGACCCCAUCGGGGAGGUGUCCAUCCCCCUUAACAAGGUGGACCUGGGCAACCAGCAGACCUACUGGAAGGAGCUGAAGCCCUGCAGCGACGGCAGCGGGAGUCGAGGAGACCUGCUGGUGUCACUGUGCUACAACCCUCAAGCUAACACCAUCACUGUGACCAUCAUCAAAGCCCGUAACCUCAAAGCCAUGGACAUCGGAGGCACCUCCGAUCCAUAUGUGAAGCUGUGGCUGAUGCACAAGGACAAGCGUGUGGAGAAGAAGAAGACUGUGACAAUGAAGUGCUGUCUGAACCCCGUGUUCAACGAGUCCUUCCCCUUCGACGUCCCUGCCCACGUGCUCCGAGAGACCACCAUCAUCAUCACCGUCAUGGACAAGGACAAGCUCAGUCGCAACGACGUCAUCGGCAAGAUCUAUCUCUCGUGGAAGAGUGGUCCGGCAGAGGUGAAGCACUGGAAGGACAUGAUGGGUAAACCUCGUAAUGCCGUGCAGCAGUGGCAUGCCCUCAAGGCCUGAUACUGUAGGUCCAGUCACAUCCACCCAGACCAUCCCAGCCCCCUGCCCUGCCCUCCCACCCUGCUGUUAUGCACAAGGCUGACUCGCUGCAGAACAUGGGUACAAAUAGCCAUCCAACACAUCCACCCAACGUAUCCACCCUCUCCUCCUGCCUGUCCUCUCUCAGAUCCCUAAUGAACUUCUCCUUCCUCUACUCCCCUCUGUUAAGCCGGGUCCUUUCUGAGUCUUGUUGCUUUCAACCAUUGUUUUUUCUCCUUGGUCCACCUUUACUCUGUUUUACUCUGGAGCAGUACACUCUGUCAGCCCUAGGGUGAGCCUCAGCCACCAACAAAAACAGGUUCAAAUAGACCAUAUAAGAAUCCUGCGUAAGGAGCUGGUGAAGGGCCUGUCUUUCAGGAAACAUUGUUUAUGUGACUGUGUGACAGACUGACCUACAAGCCAGUGACCUGGGCCAGGAAUCCAGUUCCACCAUUCCUCUUGUGUCUCUCCAUCGUUCUCCUGUGGCAGUGAGGGGAGGCGUCUUCUCUCCCUAAUCACUGCUCUCUCUGUCGUCAGAAGCGAUCUGGUUGGCUGUUCAUUAUUGUUUUUUGCUUCCCAUGUUGACCCUUUGGUUCGUUCUCUUCUGCAAACACACAGAGAAUACAACAGGAAGGAUCGAUAGAGAGAGAGAGGCAAACCAUUGGAAUAGAAGAGGGAUGGACUGUCUGGAUGGUAAUGGAAUUAGACGUGACACUGUCACUCCACCCAAUUCAUCAUCUCUGAUCUCUUUCUCUCCCACCACUGUAGUGAUUCUUCCCUGGCGGGACCUCCUUGUUGUCUGUGCGUGCUGUGGGUGAUGUGCUGUAACUCCAAAUGAAGUUCUAGAUCAAAAAAGGAGAAAAUGACUGAUCAUUUUCACCGGUCCAUGGGGGAAAUGUAAAAAAACGUUCCUAUUUUCUGGAGAGAAAAAAAAGAAGAAUGACAGAAAAGAGUAAAGUCAUCAAUGUUGUGUUUUGUUUUUAAAAAGCAUAAAGAGACCAAUCAAAAUGUUCUUCCAGAGACAGUAAAUAGAAGCAAAAAGACAGCUAUUAUGCUGUCGUAUUCUCUCUGUGUGUGUGUGUGUGUGUGUGUGUGUGUGUGUGUGUGUGUGUGUGUGUGUGUGUGUGUGUGUGUGUGUGUGUGUGUGUGUGUGUGUGUGUGUGUGUGUGUGUGUGUGUGUGUGUGUGUGUGUGUGUGUGUGUGUGUGUGUGUGUGUGUGUGUGCGUCAGCGAAAGUUAGCGUGUGAAUGUGAGUGCAAGUGUGUGAAAGUAUUGGGCUUGCACUGCUAUCAAAUGAAUAACGAAUUACUGAUAAUAAUGAUGACAAUAAUAAUCAUCAGUAUUCUACUGGAUAUGUUUGAAGACUUGGAGAGGUCACAGCAGCUAAGCAGUGACAGAGAGCGAGGGGGACAGUUUGUAGGGUAGUGCCUGCUGCCUGGUGUGGAACGGUAAGCAGAGGAGGAACUUGACAUGAACCACCAGUCUUCAUCUGAGCUGCUUUCUCUCAAUUGCAUCAUCCACUGCAGAUAACCAUAAAAAAAUGCCCCUCUCCCAACCAAGUCAGUUUUGUUUCUAAUGGAGCACUUAGCCAAAUGAUCUUGUCCCCAUCAAGGUUGGUAACGUUACCUGUUUGUCUCUGUCAGUAAUUUUGUGUAAUUCUGCCUGUCUGUUGGAACGUGGGUCUGUUACGUCAGUUAGUCUGUAAGUAAUUUAGUCAACAUCUUAUUCAUUAGUGUGCAUGCUACAAAACACAUUGUUAUAAGAAUGUUAGUGGAUAAAUGUUUAGGGUCUUAGUGGAGGGCUGUUCCAUUACUGGCCAAACCCCCUCUGCUCUGUCCUGCUCCUGAUGUUAGAAGGUUAGGGUGUUAGUGGGUCUUCGGGACCAUGGCUGUUACGUACCAAACCCCCUCUGUUCUGUCCUGCUUCAGGACCAGGCUGUUCCAUUACUGGCCAGACCCCCUCUGCUCUGUACUGCUCCUGAUGUCAUCCUGAUGUGACCUGUUCCAAGCUUAAGUUUCUCUCUCAUCACACAAUGGGCUGAAGGAUAGCUACAAUAGUAAUAAUAUCAACUAAACCUAUUUUCUGUUUACAUUUGACUGUUUAUUUGUGUCUAAUGGAUAUGUGUGUGUGUGUGUUUGCAAUGUGUGUAUGAGUGUGUCAACAUCUGACUGUUAGUUUGUGUGUUUGUAUUUACCGUGUAUGUAUGUGUGCUCGGUGUUCACUUUUGCCAUUUUCAUUUUCUUAAUAUGGAAUCUGUUUUUUUGGCUGUUUUUAUUCUGUAUAAAGUCAUUUAGAUGUUCAGUUAAUUAUUUAUGUUGUCGAUGAUCGCUAAGAAGGAGACGCUAAUGAUUACUGGGAUGUUGAAAUGUGACAAAGGGCAUGUGUCUACUUUCUAUUUGUUUGGGUUUCAUGGGUUGGUUGGGGAGGGGGCCAUAGACAUGUUCGAGAGUCUGAAUGAAGAGAGAAGGAAAGAGAAGGGAGAGGGGAGCUCAUUACAUCUGACAAUACCACAUACAGCAUAUUCUAUUCUAGCCCUCUUCUGUUGGGCAGAGGGACUGUUCACUCAGGCCUGUGUGCAUCAGGGGCCUUGUGUUCUGGUUUAUCAUUUAAUAGGUGGCUUACAGAACCACAACACGCUGUCCUGUCCCUCCGCUCUAGGUCUGGCCCAACACGCUGUCCCUCCGCUCUAGGUCUGGCCCAACACGCUGUCCCUCCGCUCUAGGUCUGGCCCAACACGCUGUCCCUCCGCUCUAGGUCUGGCCCAACACGCUGUCCCUCCGCUCUAGGUCUGGCCCAACACGCUGUCCCUCCGCUCUAGGUCUGGCCCAAAACGCUGUCCCUCCGCUCUAGGUCUGGCCCAACACGCUGUCUCUCCGCUCUAGGUCUGGCCCAACACCCUGUCCCUCCGCUCUAGGUCUGGCCCAACACGCUGUCCCUCCGCUCUAGGUCUGGCCCAACACCCUGUCCCUCCGCUCUAGGUCUGGCCCAACACUCUGUCCCUCCGCUCUAGGUCUGGCCCAACACGCUGUCUCUCCGCUCUAGGUCUGGCCCAACACCCUGUCCUUCCGCUCUAGGUCUGGCCCAACACGCUGUCCCUCCGCUCUAGGUCUGGCCCAACACCCUGUCCCUCCGCUCUAGGUCUGGCCCAACACCCUGUCCCUCCGCUCUAGGUCUGGCCCAACACCCUGUCCCUCCGCUCUAGGUCUGGCCCAACACCCUGUCCCUCCGCUUUAGGUCUGGCCCAACACCCUGUCCCUCCGCUCUAGGUCUGGCCCAACACGCUGUCCCUCCGCUCUAGGUCUGGCCCAACACCCUGUCCCUCCGCUCUAGGUCUGGCCCAACACACUGUCCCUCCGCUCUAGGUCUGGCCCAACACACUGUCCCUCCGCUCUAGGUCUGGCCCAACACAUUGUCCCUCCGCUCUAGGUCUGUCCCAACACACUGAGACUAAGACAGGCGAGGUCUCCAGACGUCAGUGCUGACGUACUUCAAAACCCCACUGUGACACACAUGCUUUUUGGCACAAGGUGCUCUUAAACAACACCCCUCCCCCUCUCCUCCAUAUGCUCUCACUCCCCAAGUGUCACAGAGAAAAGGUGAGACAGACAAUGAUCAUCACCUCAUUUGCAUCACUGCAAUCUCCAGGCAGAGCCGAACAUAGCAGAGCACCUACCUGCUCUUAAAAUAACUGUGAACAGAGUCACCUCCCUGCCUCAUACUGAGCACACAAGCAAAAGAUACAUCAUUACCUAUGCAGACGCAGCAUUAAAUUGAAAAGAUCAGCCAGAAUAGGAAACACAGAUAAAAUGGCACGAUUCAGGUGAAAAUGAAUUAUUCGUCUGAAAAUAGGUCCAGAAGCCAGGUAUGGUCCAUUUGCCUCUGAGGCAUUGAGCUGGGAUUCUUGGUAGAGUCCUUCCUUGGCCCUAGAAAAGCCCAGUAACAAUUCAAAACACAGAUCUAAAUAAAUCUGAAAACUAAUCAGUGUUCACUCAGAUUGAAAUCACCCUAAAUGUCUGAUUAGGGCUCUCUACACAGAUAUUGGUGGAGAUACGAGGAGGAUUGUCCAAUACAGGCCAGGAUUUUGUGACAUUGUAUGAAGGAUAAAUGAAAAUUGUGUAUGUAAAAACUAAUCAGUGUUAAUUGGGGAUGUUGAUAUCUGUAUGUCCUUGACAUCCCUUUGUCCCAUCUCUCGCUCUCUUUUGUUCUCUCUUUAGUCACACAUCUGUGGGGUGCACAUUCUUAUAUUUCAACCAUUUAUUUUUUUGAAAUCUGUACAGUGUAUAAAUAUAUAAAUGUGUACAUAAAAAGAGGAAACUUCUAAAA